GUUAGAAGAUCAAGUAAUGUUUGAAUAGAUAUAGGACAUAUGUCCAUUGCAACUACUUCAGUGACUACCAAUCAAGGUUCAACUGCAAAUAUUCUGGUUAAGGGAGGGGUGAAUUCCAUCACAUUGUCCAAUUUAAAAGCUUCAGCUGGGAAUCAAAACAAAGGGGCAUCAACCUCUACUCCUCAUUCAAUGAGACCACCACUCGUAAAGACACCCCCUUCAAGGACUGCACCUUCAAUGAAUGCACCUGGAUCUUUGUCUGCUCUAAGGACAAGAUCAACUCCCACCUCAAAUCCUACAAGGACAUCUACAAAAGAAGAUGGCACCUCAUCAAAGACUAGAUUUGAUGCUUUUAGUCUUUAGAUCAAUUUCAUGUUGUUUUUUGUGUUUUUUGGUUUGAACUAUCUAUUUGGUGGUUGGUUUUGCAAUUUCUGAACUUAUGUAACAUAAAGAUUUGCUAGGCUUUCUUUUAAAAGUGUUUGUUAGUUUCAAGUCUGUUUUUUGUGCACUGUUGUGUUUGUGUUAACACUGUUGCACUGUUUUAUGCACUGUUUUGUUGGUUUGUGUUACUGUGUUGGUUUUUGAUGAAUUUAUGUGAUGUAACGUAUGAUUGUUGCU